AGGAAUGUUACAGUUCUUGGAGUGAAACUGGAAUGGGGUUUGUUUUCCAUGCAUAAUAACUCUUGUCGCAUCUCUUCUCACAUUCGCAUUCUCUUCUCUCUUCCCUCUUUCAAAUUCUAUUUCUCUCAAUUCCCUAACUAUGGCAGUUCCCGCGCAAACCAGCGAGGCUGAUGCGUGGGACGCGGUCCUACGCCAAACGAAGUUGGCCGUUGAGAGCAACACCGAUCCUUACGCGUGGGCCUUCGACAUCAGGUCGACGCUUCACUCCUCCGCCAUUGCCAUCCCUUCCACCGAACUCGCUCAUCGCUUGGUCUCUCACUUCUUUUGGGACAACUACUCCGCCGCCGCAUGGAAGCUUCUACACACCUCCCUAUCCCUCGACAUCAUCCCUCCCUCCCUCCUCGUCGCACUUCUAUCUGCCGCGGUUGUACCACGCAGAAAACUCUACCCCACUGCUUACAGACUUUAUAUGGAACUCCUUAAGCAACUUCGAGAUAUGCUUGAACAUGAUGUCAGUUCUCCAAACUAUGAAAAGAUUAUGAAAUCAAUUGAUGACGUUCUUCAGCUUUCUCAAGUAUACGGUCAAAAGUUGUGGGAGCCUGGAAUUGUUCUAGUUGAAUUUGUCUUUUCAGUCGUAUGGCAGUUACUUGAAGCAUCAUUACAUGACGAAGGCUUACUAGAUCACACUACAGAGAAUAAGCCUAUAUGGCUAUGCAGGUCACAUGACAUGGAUAUUGAUGGACAUGACAGUGUAGGCGAAAAGAAAACUAAGGAUGUUGAGGGGUUUCAGAAGAAAAAUACAGCAAUGGCUAUAGAGAUUAUUGCAGAAUUUUUGCAACACAAAAUGACUUCAAGGAUCCUUUCCUUAGUUCAUUGGAACAUGCCAUCAUAUUGGAAAUCUUUCGUUCACCAAACACAGCUGCUUGUGUCAAACUCUCCAAUUUUAAGGAAUUUGAGAAAUAAUACCGCAGACAGUCUUAUGAGUUUGACGCAAAAUAUCCAUGCGGUUGUUUCUCAUGAGUUCAAAAUAAAAUCUAAGGUGAGGACUGAAGAAGUCAUAUGUGGUGGUUCGCCCAUGUCUUUUGCUGCACAGUCUUCUGGGGAUAGUUGGUCUGCACUCUGGCUUCCUAUUGAUCUUAUUCUUGAAGAUGCUUUGGAUGGAGAGCAAGUGGCAGCUUUUAGUGCUAUUGAGAUUAUUACAGGUUUGGUGAAGACUUUACACGUUGUUAAUGGCACUAUGUGGCACAGCACAUUUUUGGGGCUAUGGGUUGCAGCACUGCGUUUGGUUCAAAGGGUUGGAACUGUUCCAACAAAAAGGGAGAGAGAUUCAAAAGAAGGUCCUAUACCUCGUCUUGAUACCUGCAUGUGUAUGCUACUGAGCAUUACAACCCUCGUGGUUACUUGUAUUAUUGAAGAAGAAGAAGGUCAACUGAUUGAAGAAGCUGAGCAUAGCCCUACAACAAGCAAAGGGACAGAAAAACCAGCUCUGGGGAAGUGUCGUGGGGAAUUGAUUACCAGUUUACAGCUAUUGGGUGAUUAUGAGUCCUUACUCACUCCACCUCAGCCCGUUCUUGUGGAAGCCAAUCAGGCUGCUGCCAAAGCUAUUUUGUUCUUAUCAGGAAACCCUGUUGGUAGUGGAUACAUGGAAUAUACGAAUGGCUUGCCGAUAAAAUAUUCUGGCAACUUACGCCAUCUAAUUGUUGAGGCAUGUAUUGCCAGAAACCUACUUGACGCAUCAGCUUAUCUAUGGCCUGGCUAUGUGAGUGAAUGCAGCAAUCAAAUUCCUUGUAGCAUUUCUAAUCAUGUCCCUGGCUGGUCUUCUUUGAUGGAGGGGUCACAGCUAACUCCUGAAUUGGUUAAUGUCUUAGUUGCAACUCCAGCUUGCAGCUUAGCAGAGAUUGAGAAAAUAUAUGAAAUUGCAAUCAAUGGUUCAGAUGAAGACAAGAUAUCUGCUGCUACCAUUAUGUGUGGGGCAUCUCUGGGACGUGGGUGGAAUAUACAGGAGCUUACCCUUCUUUUUAUCACAAAAUUGCUUUCGCCUAUAGAUCCUCCCAAUUACUCUGGGGCUGAGAGCCAUUUGAUCAGCCAAGCUGCCUUUUUAAACGUUCUACUUUUGGGAAUCUCAUCUGUAGACUGUGUUCAUAUAUUCUCCCUACAUGGUUUGGUUCCAUUACUUGCGGCAGGACUAAUGCUAAUAAGUGAGGUUUUUGGAUCACGUGUUCCAGAUGCCUCGGGGACUGUUGCAGCCGGAGAAAAACUCACUCAUUGGGAGGUAUUCUCUAAUGCAUUUACUCUUUUGCUGAGAUUUUGGCGGUUUGAUCGUCUACCUGUUGAACAAGUGAGAAGCGAUGCAACAGCGCCACCAUUUGGAUCACUACUUAGUCCUGAAUGCCUUUUAUUAGUUCGAAACAGUAAAUUGGCGUCGCUUGGAAGAACGGCAAAGGAUCAGAAAAUGCUCAAAAGAUGGUCAAACAUUUUAAGCUUUCCUGCAGACCCUGUAUUUAUGGAUUUCUUCCCAAAAUUAAACUAUUGGUACCGAAAACAUCAAGAAAGCAUUGCUUCUACCCGCUCGGGUCUUGUGCCUGGAGGGCCUGUUAAUCGGAUCGUCGAUGCCCUACUAAGCAUGAUGUUUUCGAAGGUAAGUAAUGGAGCCGAACCUUCGACUUCAGGAAACAACAGUUCAUCUGGGCUUGCAUUGGAUGAUGCUUUAAAAGUGCCUGCCUGGGAUAUCCUCGAAGCUAUUCCCUUUGUCCUGGAUGCUUCGCUGACAUCCUGCGCUUAUGGGAAACUCUCUACCCGUGACCUAGCUACAGGUCUCAAAGAUCUAGCCGAUUUCCUUCCGGCUUCUUUGGUUACCAUUGCAAGCUAUUUUUCUGCUGAAGUUACGAGAGGCGUAUGGAAGCCAGCUUUAAUGAAUGGAACUGACUGGCCCAGCCCUGCCUCAAAUUUAUCCCUUGUUCAACAAGAAAUAAAGAACAUCUUAGUAGAUUUCAAUGUCCCAAGCCUUGAUAUAGAUGGAAAGUCUCCACCCACACUUCCUUUGCCUUUGGCAGCUUUUGUAAGCCUUACGAUUACAUAUAAACUUGACAAGGCCACUGAACGAUUCCUUGCCCUGAUUGCCCCUGCCGUGACUGCCCUUGCUUCUGCUUGCCCCUGGCCCUCCUUGCCCAUUGUGACGUCUUUGUGGAUCCAGAAGGUGAAGCGUUGGAGUAACUACUUUGUGCUCUCUGCUUCCAGCACUGUUUUCCACCACAACAGGGAUUCUGUAGUUCAACUACUAAAAAGUUGCUUCACAUCCACCCUUGGCCUUGGCUCUGCCUGCAUUUAUGAUAAUGGCGGUGUCGGUGCCCUUCUUGGUCACGGCUUAGUUCCCCAAAUAUCCGAUGGGAUCUCUCCAGUUGCUCCAGGAAUUCUUUACCUAAGAGUGUAUCGGUCUAUUGGAGAUAUCGCGUUAUUGAUUGAAGAAAUUGUGCCUAUUCUAAUGCUUUCGGUUAGAGACAUAGCGAGUGAUUUGACCAAGGGGGUUAUAAGGAAACCAAAGAAAACCAAGUUUGGGAUCAAAUAUGGCCAAGUUUCUCUGGCCAGAUCCAUGGCACGUGUGGAGCAUGCGGCUCUACUCGGCGCUUCAUUGGUUUGGAUAUCAGGUGGACCAAAGUUCGUUCAAUAUUUAAUAAGUGAAACUCUGCCUUCCUGGUUUUUAUCAGCUUCCAUGUUGGAGGAAGGUGGUGGAGAAUCUGGAGUUAUGGUUGCCAUGCUCAAAGGUUAUGCACUGGCAUUUUUUGUCUUCCUUAGCAUAGCAUUUUCCUGGGGUAUUGACAACUCGCAUCCACCUAAACGACUGGCGAAGGUUAUUGGGUUGCAUAUGGAAUUUCUUGAGAGUGCCCUGAACAGGACUACAUCAAUGCGUUGUCAUAGUGCUACUUGGGAGGCCUAUGUUUCAUGGUUUGUCAGCUUGAUGGUGAGCCGAGCUCCGUCGUGGAUUCAGGAAGCUGACGAGGAUUUGCUCAAGAGACUGAGCAGGGGACUAAGAUGUAUGGAUGAAAACGAGUUGGCUCUUCGCCUGUUGGAAAUUGGAGGGAUACGUGUGAUGGGCGCUGCAGCUGAAAUGAUAAUUGAAUUUAAACGUAUCUGAACGGCAGAGGAGGACAUUCAACAGUGGCAAAAGGCAAUCAAAUGCUGAACUUGCAAUAAAAAAGAAAUAAAGAAUAUAAAUUUUUAGACUAUGAUUCUAAGGAGAUGCAGUGACGUGUGUACCGUUAAAACGUAGAACAAAAUACUUUUAAAAUACCAUUUCCAAAUGCAAAGCCAUUUUUUACGUUAUUUAAAAAAAUAUUAAUUCUUUCAAAGUUCUACCAAACUUAGUAGAAAUAGUCCAAAAUUGUCAUCUUUCUAUUCCAA